AUGUAAUAAGUUAAAUAUCCAUAAUUUGAUAUUCAAUCUCCUGAACAGAGGGAACAUGCACAACCCUAAUUAUUCUAGAAUACUCAAGAAGAUAUUAAAUACCUACCAGUUUUGCCACAACAGAAUCCGAAUUUCCAACAGUAUCAAUAAGUCAUAAUCCCAUAUUCAUAAUAAAUCAAUAAUAAUCAACCAAAUUAUUACAACCUCGAUUAGCCACUUCAACCAGUCUACUCCAAACUAAUAAAAGACUCAGAUUUCUUAACCUAAAAGUUCUUUUUAAGCAGCAUUUUGGGAAUGUUCACAUUGUGGUCCUUUCUUUUUGUCUUAUUCUUAUUUGUGAUUUAAGUGUCGUUUUAAAAAUCAUUUUAUGAACACAAAAGUUCAUACCCUUAUUGGAUUACUGCAAGUGUUAUGCUAUUGAUUGUUUUAGUAAAAUUGGGAUCAAUGGAAAGAUUUAGAAAUGUAAAUAAAUCAUAAUACAUUAAUUAGCCUGGAUUGACAUUUCUAUUUUAUUUUGGAUCUAUCUUUGCGUAUACCUUAAUUUUCUUUUUUAUCUUAGGAGCAUCCUCUUCAGGUCCUAAUAGUGAUUUGCCAAGUAAUUAAUAAACUCAAUAAAUUUAGGCUCUUUUAUUGUUGGCAUAUUCAUAGUGAUUCCAUUGUUCGCUAAUUUCAUUGUUACCAUCAUUUUAUUAAUAUACGUGCUAAUAGAAAACUAGGAAUUCAGAUUUUAGAGUACAUUUUCAUCUUGAAUUUUAUAGAGGUCUUAUGUUGCGAAUUCUUGUGUGUCUUGCCUUUUGCUAUCCUUUUUAUUCCAAUGAUACUUAGUUUGAUAGUCUUGAUGCCAUACACAUUUUUAUUGAUGAAUGUCCUGAAAUAAAUUCAAUCUGGAAGAGUAUCUAUCUCAAAUCAAUAAUUAGUUUAAUUUAAAUAAGGAUUAGAUACUGAGUGGAACCUUGGCUGCCUAUUAUGGAUUAUUUGUCCCUUUUGAUUUGUGUGAUUGAUUUUUAAU